AAACCAAGCUCUGCCUCCAGUCUUUGCUUUGGGGGGUGGAUGGCCUGCCCCUUCCAGUCAAGCUAUAGGGAGUUUGGGCAAAAGUUUCACAGCUGAGACUCCCGUGGGGCUGCACUGUAGUUACUGACUGAGACUCCCGUGGGCUGCACUGUAGUUACCGACUGAGACUCGAGGUCACCCCUCUCAUCGCGGACCAUGACGUCGGAGAAGGAGUCGAAUGACUCCAACAAAUCAAACAUGGAUCCACCUCAGGUUCUGAUCAGCAAUGGCGGAGGGGAAAUUCCUCCCACAAAGGUUUCCCGUUGCGCCAACCUGAAGGUGUUCCUGGUGACCCUGUGCUUCAGCUACUUUGCCAAAGCUUUCUCAGGGAGUUAUAUGAAAAGCUCCAUCACGCAGAUUGAGAGGAGGUUUGACAUCUCGUCGUCCACCGUGGGGAUGAUCGAUGGAAGCUUUGAGAUUGGCAAUUUAUUGGUGAUCGCCUUCGUUAGUUACUUUGGAGCACAGUUUCACAGGCCAAGAAUCAUUGCAGCCGGCUGUAUCUUAAUGUCCAUCGGGAGUUUCCUCAGUGCAAUGCCGCACUUCUUUAUGGGACUGUACAAGUAUGAGACAGCGAGAGGCCCUACCUCACUUCAGAGCAACACUACUUUCAGCAUGUCUCCCUGUCUGGCUAAUCAAUCAGUGGUUGACACCCCUAAUCCAGAUUGUGUAACAGAAAAUGGUUCCCACAUGUGGAUUUUCCUACUGGUGGGAAAUAUUUUACGGGGAAUCGGGGAAACUCCAAUAACUCCACUCGGAAUUUCCUACCUGGAUGAUUAUUCUAGGCCAGAAAACACUCCCCUGUAUAUUGCUUGUUUACACACCGUAGCCAUAUUUGGCCUUAUGACCGGCUUCAUGUUGGGCUCAUAUCUCGCCAGACUCUAUGUCGACGUUGGCUUCGUAGAUACAGAUACAAUAACCAUUACACCACAGGAUACACGUUGGGUUGGCGCCUGGUGGAUCGGUUUUCUUCUUGCCGGAAUCAUCACACUCAUGUCUGCCAUCCCCUUCUUUUUCCUACCCAAGAUUCUGAAAGAAGACAAGUCAGAGGAGCAGAACCCCCAAACGAAGGAAGGGGAAGGGAAAGAAGACAAACGGAAGGAAAAGCCAACAUUGAAAGGUGAGUCACUGGUUCUUUGGUUUGAGAUUGAAGAACAGUUGGAUGUUGCCAGUGAACAAAUAAAGACUUUCCCAUUUUCUCAUUCAUUUCUCAUUGAAGGUUUCUUUGCCGCCCUGAAGAAAUUGUGUUUCAACCGAUUAUUCGUCAUAUUUAUGUGUCUCACCCUCAUGCAGACCAACAGUUUUAUUGGUUUCAUUACAUACAAACCCAAGUACAUGGAGCAGCAGUAUGGCCAGUCCAUCGCCAAGGCCAACUUUGUCACUGGCAUCGCUACAUUACCAGCAGCAGCACUGGGGAUGUUCUUAGGUGGGCUGAUAAUGAAGAGGUACAAGCUUGGGCUAUUUGGGGCAUCUAAGAUGGCAUAUUGCACCUCCCUCCUGGCAUUUUUCCUGUCCCUUUCUGCCUUUUUCAUUGGCUGCAAGAACAACGAUGUUGCAGGAAUAACAGUGACGUAUGACGGGGUAAAACUGGAUGAUUUUCAAGCCAAAUUAAUAUAUUCACCCUGUAACUCUGACUGUCACUGUUCAUCAAAGCAAUGGGACCCCGUGUGUGGAGACAAUGGCGUCACCUACAUGUCCGCUUGUUUAGCCGGGUGCAAAGCUUCAGCUGGAACUGGGAGGGGCACAGUCUAUCACAACUGUUCGUGCAUUGACUCCGCACUCUUCACCGCAGUAAAUUCGUCGGCCAAUUUGGGGGCCUGCCCACGAGGGUCCGAUUGUAGCCAAAUGUUUCUGAUUUACGUGAUCACACAAGCCAUCAACACAUUUAUAUUUGCGUUAGGGGCCUCGGCGGGCUACGUGUUGCUGCUCUGGUGUGUGAGCCCAGAGCUGAAGUCACUGGCCGUGGGGGUCUAUAUGCUGCUCAUUCGCACACUGGCGGGGAUCCCGGCCCCAAUAUACUUUGGCGCAAUUAUCGACAAGUCGUGUCUGAAAUGGGGGACCAGACAGUGUGGGGGGAGAGGGGCCUGUCGCUUGUACGACGCCAACUCCUUCAGGAGGAGCUUCCUGGGUCUCACCGCUGGGAUACGCGCCCCCUCCUAUAUCCUCUUCUUUAUUUUCAUUGUGAUGGUGAAGAGACAAUUCCCCACGGGCACCGGUGCAGCCCCCAAACCCCAAGAGAAGGAGGAGGAGCUUUAUAGCAACGGCGCCAGCGCUGAGGAAAGUGCCGCCUUCCAGACGGAGAAAGAAACUCAUAUUUAAUGUGGAAAUGGCCCCCAGAACUGGACUCAUGGGAUAAUUAGAUAAUGCACCCCCUGAUCUCUCUUAGCCGGGGGGGGGCAAACGUACUAUGAGAUCCCCCAGUUAAGCUAAGUGCCUUCUGGGUAAUUCCUGGCUCUGUUGCUUUAAAUAGGACAUUUUGCAGUGCAACCAAGUUACAGUUUCUGCAGCAGUGCAACACCCAGUAGGCGGAGCCUAACAUUUCAUGGCUCCCACAGAGCAGAACUCAUUCCCUUCGCUGCACUUGAAUAAAAGUGGGGACAGUUUUUAUGUAACUCUUAGAAGACAAGUCUGCCAGUGUCCCCUCCCUGCCCCCAAACCCUCCAGCGGCGGGUGCUGUGCCCUUUAACUGGCGUCUCAUCACUUAGCGGGCGAAUAUUUCCCGUACAAGCGAAUGACAAAUAGAAGAGGCAGAUACUUUCAGGCCUGGGGGGAAAAUGAUACCAGUGGGGCAGAUAUGGGAUCCCUUAUCUGGAAACCCGUUAUCCAGAAAGCUCUGACUGACAAGAAGUCCUUCUCCCAUAGUUUAUUAUAAGCAGAUAUAAUUGUAAUUUUUAUAAAUGAUUUUCUUUUUCUCUGUAAUCAUAAAAACAGGAGCUUGUGGAACUGUAAGAUUUGGGGGACACCUGGUGGCCAUUAUGCUAACUGCCACCUGCACACAAAUCUCCUUUUUUAUGUUUUUUUAAGUGAUUUUUCAUCAUCUUUUGGCUUUAUCUAGUUUACAAAUAGGGCGGUUGGGGUCAGCCAAGAAACAAUUCCUCUGCUUGGCUAUAUUUUUACUCAUAUUGUUCCUUUAUAUUCCUUCUCCUUUGAUUCAGGCCCCUCUCCUGUUCAUAUUCCAGUCUCUCAUGCAAACCACAGCCUGGUUGCUAGGGUAGAUUGAACCCUAGCAACCAAAAUGUAAAUUGUAGAGCUGCUAAAAAUAGUAAUCAUUAAAAAUCAGUGAUACAAAUGAAAAGCCAGUUACAAAGUGCCUUUAAAUAUCAUUUGAAGGCGACGCACCCCUUUAAUGCUACGGAUUUGAGUGCAACGAUGUAUUUCAUAGGUUCUAUGUUAGAAAUGGGGGGGGGGUUGCUAUGUCUUUUGGGGAAGGGCCUGACUCACUUUUUGUGAUUUAAACAUGAACUCAAUAAAGUUUUAGUUUGUAAA